UGGCGUUCACUUCCCUUACUUGCUCCACAAAUCUUCUGGUGCUCGGAUGUUAUUGAAGAUGCUGCCAUGCUUUUAAAAGGGAGCAGAAGGACCAUCGUGGAGUGGCGAGUAUCCAACAGUGUUCUGUCUUCACCGAAAGAUUUCACUCUCCAUUGGAAGCGUGGCUGAAUUCCAAUAAUCAGAAACAAAUAAGCAAGUAAACUGGCUCCCAGCAUUGCAAGAAGAGAUUGUGGAAGAGGAUCUAAAGCUUCAUGUAGGACAACCAUAUUCCUUUUCUCCAGGGCGUGGCGUUGGACAAAAUUCUGCCAAUUCUUUUAACCUGUUAGUCAUAAUCUGUUUAUGCAAUUGUUGCAGACCAAAAACAAUCCUGGUUUUGGAAAUUGCACAAUAUCUGAAACGGGGGAUACAGCAUGAGGCCUCUUUCGCCAGGAGAUGGACUUUCCCCUCUGGGUCUGCUCACACGAGGGCCUGACUACUUGCGUAAGCAGCUGGAGAUGAGCAGUGGUGGGCGGACGCCGAGUGCCGUGGAGAGGCUGGAAGCUGACAAAGCCAAAUAUGUCAAAUCUCGGCAAGUGAUCAACAGCCGUCAAGAGCCAAUUCUGCUCAGCCACACUCCCCAGUCUUCCCCAUGCUGCAGGAGACCCCUAACCCUCCACCAGCAGAGUGAAUUUCCUCAGGGCUUGACAGCAGACCAAGAUGGCCUCAGACCCAAGAAGCAGCCCCCUUCUCCUCAGUCCCCCAUAGCACGGCGAGGGGGCAGCAGGCGCCUACUGAGGCCUGACUCACUUGUCAUCUAUCGGCAAAAACGCGACUGUUCUCUGGUCAACAAGGAGAACAGCAAAGGGUACAACAACCUAAUGAAGUGGCUGUUUCAGGGUCCACUGAGAGAUGGACCUCAUAACUGUUCUUCUUCAAGGAGUCUCUUAGGAGGAGAUGGACAUCUGGAAGUGACCCAAGAAGAGAACUCCAUGGUUUGGGUACCUGCAGAGAAGGAGGACACAAGGACUGCCAAUUCAGUGGACAUGUUCAAUGGAUUCAUGGGUUGUGAGUCUGAGCCUAGUCCAAAAACCCAGGCCAACUCUCAGCUCAAUGUUGACCAGCCCUUUCCUUCCUCAGGCCAUUACCAAACAGAAGCCAAGAAAGAGCUGACUCUGAGUUAUUCUCUUCCUCUUUCAGAGAAAGAACGAUUCUUUAAUUACUGUGGCUUGGACCGGAAUUUGGUCGAGGUGCUAGGAAUUGAACGCUUCAAACCAGGCAGCUGGGAAGCUGGUUCCUUCUGCAUUGGGUCAGCUAGUUCUGAACGUGAUGGCCUUUCCUAUAAUGGGGAGCCCUUGUCUGCUGAAGACCCAAGUGACAAGCUGUCUGCCUCGGUCUCUGUUGUUGAGCGAAACGCCCGUGUCAUUAAAUGGCUUUACAGCUGUCAGCAGGCCCAAACGAGGUCCAAAGAAUCUACAGUAUGAACUCAUGAAGGUCUUGGGGUCCAAAGCUCUCCCUUUAUCCCAACUGAGGGGAAGUCCUAUUUUGGAGGGGAUCAUGGCAAGAUUCACCAGCACUUAGACUUAUACAUAGGUGGGUUGCACUUUCUUUAACAAAGGGUUCGCUGGUUGUGCCCGCUCAUGCCCCUUUCGGAGAGAAACGGAGCUUCAAACAGGCUCCUAAUCAGCUCAGGCAGCUACGGUGAGAACAGCAGGGGCAGUGUGGAACACAGCUGGGCCAGCCAACGAGGUUUUAAAUAGAUAGCAUAGAACAGGGGCAGGUGGGCGGGCCCAGCCAGCGAUCAGAACUAAGGGUUCGCCCAAACCCUUGAGACCAUGCAGCAGCCCACCACUGGACUUAUCUACCGCUUCACAGUGCUUUACAGCCCUCUCUAAGCAGUUUACAGAGUCAGCCUAUUGCCCCCAACAAUCUGGGUCCUCAUUUUACUCACCCUGGAAGGAUGGAAGGCUGAGUCAACCUUGAGCCGGUGAGAUUCGAUCUGCCGAACUGCAGCUAGCAGUCAGCUGAAGUAGCCUGCAGUACCGCACUCUAACCACUGCGCCACCUCGGCUCCCUAUCGCCAAAUGUCUCUUUCUCAAAGGAAUACUGUUAAGAACCGGUUGGUCUUGAACUUUUGCUGAAUUUUUCCCCAGUUGUGGCUACAUAAUAAUGGUUCGUUACCAUACUGAGGAUUCUGAGAAUUGACAUCUAACAGAGGCGGAUGGCCUCAAAUAGAAAAAUAUUCCCUUGGCAAUAAGGAGGCAGUUUCCAGGACUAAUUUAAGGACUAAAAUUUCUUGCUGCCAUCCAGAGCCAGAGGAAUACGUUUUCCUUUCUUUCCUCAUUGAUUGAGAGCCAGCCAUUGUGAUGCAGCAGAGAACACAGGAAGAAUUGGUUCAAAUCUCUACUCGCCUUUGAAGUUUCUUAAAGUCAGUGUUUCUCAACCUUGGUAGCUUGAA